UUUCAGCCACCUUGCUCCGAGCACGCGAAAGCGAUCGCUGUAGCUGCCAUUGCUGCUCACAACUCGUCACGCAAGGGCCUCGCGCCGAACUUGCCAGCGCUCUGUUUGCCAGAGCACUGGCAUUGCACACGUUGAGAUUGCUGCACCACACAGCAUUUGUCAGUUUUAGACGAUGACCGAUGCGGAGGCAACGGGCUCGCGCCGCGAGCGCUGCGCGCUAGCUGCGGCUUUUUUGCUCUCGGAGACGACGCAGGACGCGGCGGUCGCGGCGAGCGCUUUGGUGGCGCUCCAGUUGUUCGGAGGCUACGAGGAGUCGCUCUUCAUCGUCAUCGUCAUGACGAUGUUAUUAAUUGGCAUCCAGCUGUCGCACGUCGUCGGGCGCCGAGGCUGGACGCUGGUCCUCGGCGGCGCGGCGGUCUGCGGCGCGGCCGGGCUUGCGAUGCUCGGUGCGGCGCUUUCAUCAAACUUCGGGCCGCGGAACGCUGGGAUGUUGGCGAUCGCUGGCUCGGUUCUGCUCGGCGCCCACCGCGCGGCGCACAUGCUUUAUAGGUUUGCAGCUUUAGAGAUAGGUGGCGUCGCGUGCAUGGGCGAGGUCUUCGCGGCGGCGACGUUGGGUGGUUUGCUCGGGCCGCAGUUACUGAUAGAUCUUGGUUUGCAGAAGGGCCUAGUUUGGGCCGCCGUGGCGCAAUUGGUCGCCGUGAUACCGAUCAUGCUCGCGACGCGGGGCCGCGACGCCGCGACGGCGGCCGACCGCGCGACGGCGGAGGACUCCGGGCGCUCGAUCACGGCCGCGCUCCGGAAACUGCGCGAUGCGGCGCGCGGCGACGCGCUGCUGCGCCUCGCGCUCAUCUGCGGCGUGACGUCGUGGGCGAUCAUGCUGCUGGUGACCGUGCCGGCCGCGGCCAUCGCCGUGGCGUCCUUCAAGAUGACCACUUGCGCGGCGAUCCGCGCGUUGCAGGUGCACAUCUGUGUGGAAAUCAAAUUUCGGGCGCCCCACGCGUCUGCGCGAUGGCGUGGCGAUUCCACGCUAUCGACGCGAUGUUGUCCCCGUGACCGCGUCGACUCCAUGGCGUGGAGGCUCGCGAAGGUCCACGGCCUAGCUCACUGGUUGAUUUCCGCACAGGUUCACGAUUUUCUGAUGAACGCGCCGGGCCCGGCCACGGCCGCCGUCGUCGAGCGCUCCGGCCCGCGCGCGGCCAUCGCCUUGGGGCUUUUGAUCUACGUCGUGGUCGUGGGCGGCCUAUGGGCCUGCGGGAGCGACGACGCGCUGUAUCCUGUGGUGACGGCGGGUGGGCGCGGCGAGCGCUUAGUCCAGCAAGCCUUCUUUGGCCUCGUCGUGGUCUUGGCCCUAGGCUGGAAUUUCAUGUGGCUCGCGUCGACGUCGGCGUUGGAUGCUGCCGCUCGCGCGGGCGGCGCGACGAGCUGCGGCGAGAUAGCGCAGAUCCGCACGGCGAACGAGUUCUGCAUCUACUCUGCGUCGGUAGCGUUUCUCCUCGUGUCGAUGGUCACGCGCGACCGCUACAAGGACGUCGUCCUCAUCAGCGCGCCGUUCCUCGUGGCAGUGGCCGUGGCAACGGGCCAGGCCAAGUCGCAAGCCUAUGGGGUCGUCGAGACGGAGCUCCCGUGAGCGUUGUGUGUGUGUCGCACCGUGUGUAAGCUAUCGAGAAUUUAUACACCUAACAUAGCUAGAACUAGUGGGCGGCCCUGCCCGGCGGGGGGAGACACCGCGCGUUGCCGAUUCAUCGACGGGCGCGUCAGC